AUGGAGUCUGCUCAUGUGUGGCUGCUCUAUAUUCCAUUUCUUAAGAUUGUGCAGUCUCUAGUGACGCCUUUUACGGAUCAAGUUAGUACUUGUCGGGUUAGGUUGAAACAUAGUAGCCAAGGUUUGGUGUUCUGUAAGAGCUGCGGGGUCCACCUGGUAAUGCCGCAAGAUGAAGACUUGAAAGAUGAUGAAGAUGAGGAAACUCAGGAAAACCUGGAAGAUGAGUACUUCAGCUGUGAAGAUUUAAAAGACGAGAAGUACUUUGAAGAUGAUGAAGAUCCAUUCUGA